AUGUACGACUGCGUGGUAAUAGGGGCAGGCUACUCAGGGCUUGCGGCAGCCAGACUAUUGAAAGAUUCUGGAAAACACAUCUUGGUGCUAGAAGCGCUUGACCGCGUCGGUGGACGCGCGAAGACGAUACCUCACGUUGAUGGCGAAUACUGGGAUGUCGGAGCCUCUUUCCUCGGCGACCAACAGGACUUGAUGUACGGCUUGGCAACAGAAUUCAACGUGCCACUGCACACUGCAGCCACGAAUGGCAAGAUUGUCCUGACUUAUCGCGGCAAAGCGCGGGGAUACAGCGGGCUCCUUCCGCCGAUGCAGCCAUGGGAAGUGCUUGACAUGAAGCUCUGCGAGUCUGUCAACUUGGAGAAGCCAUGGUUGACGCCGGAUGCGGAAAAGCUUGAUCGCAUAACUGUGCAUGGGUGGUUGAAGAAGGGGGCAUGGACGCAAGCUACAAUCGACAUGGGAAACCUGGCGUUUGAAACGACUAUCGGGCAGAACACAUCUUGCAUAUCAAUGCUUCACGCCAUGUUCUUCUUUAAAGGCGUAGUCAACUUCACGUCGGCGCUCAGUUCGGAGAAUGGAGCACAGAAGCAUUUCAUUCUAGGAGGUGGCCAGGCUAUUGCCAGCAAACCGAUGGAUUACCUCGGAGAUGAGAUAGUUCAUCUAGAGGAACCUGUCCGUAAAAUCUCUUACUCCGAAAGCGUUGCAAGUAUCCGAACAGACAAAACGACCUAUCGAACACGGCGAAUAAUUUCUGCCAUUCCGCCUGGGAACAUACUCAAAAUCGAGUUCGAGCCACGGUUGCCGAUAGAAAAAGAGUCGCUGCUUCAAAACAUGCCGAUGGGAUCCCUUACAAAAUUCUACGCCACGUACAAAAAGCCCUUCUGGAGGGAAAGAGAUCUGACCGGAGAGAGCACGAACCCUGAUGGUUUCAUCGGCGUAACAUUCGACGCUUCGCAGCCGUCUGGAUUCCCCGCCAAGCUCAUGGGGUUCGUUGGGAGCACAAAGUCCCGCGAAUUCAUGAGCUUCAGCAAAGAUAAGAGGCGGCAUGUCGCCCUCGGCGGAUUUGCCGCUGCGUUCGGCCAGGAGGCCCUUGACCCCGAAGAUUUCUUCUGUCACAACAUGAUGGAGGAGAACUGGUCGUCCGGGUGUCCGACGGCGACACCAUCGCCUGGGAUGUGGAGUUUGUUUGGUCAGUGGAUGAGGAAGCCGGUAGAGGUGAUCCAUUGGGCUGGUACAGAGACUUCAACGAAGCACUAUGGAUAUAUGGAGGGGGCUGUGUUUGCGGGCCAGAGGUCUGCCAGAGAGAUUUUGGAGGAGUUGAAGUGGAAGAUUUGA